GUCAUUGAUCUAUGAUCAUAUCCUUGAAUUCACUCAUAUAAACGUCGUAAGGAAAAAUCUGUGUAUAUCCCUUUCAAAAAGAUUAAUUUUGGUGUAUUCAAAAUUACCAUUGAUUAUCGUUUUGUUUAUAUUAAUUAUUAUUAAAAACUAGCUAUUUCGGAAAAAUAUUGUGGUUUUAAAUCAACAUAUCUGAAUCACAACUGCUUGCAGCAAUGUCAGAUUCAAAUGAAGAUCUUGAUUUUGUUUCCGCCCAUUCUUGUGAGAUAUGUGGUACGUCAGGACUAUCUGAUGAACGUAUUCGGGAACACACAAGGACUUGUCAUGUCGAAGGAAAUUCCCAAUGUCCCUUCUGUGGGUUGACCGGAGUUCGUCCACCAGAGCUGUUGUUACAUGUAAAUAAAGCACAUUUAGAUUAUUUGACUCCUGAAGAGGAAUAUUCAUCUCCGGCGGACGGAGACAUCGACAGUUGUAUGGAAUCAACAAAUAACGAUGAAGCUCAAAAAGUUGAACUUUCUCCUUUAAAAAUUGUAGAAAAUGCUAAUCGUCCUUUUGAUCAUUUUAAUCUUAAUGGUGAAUCUCAUAACCAAAGGGAAAAUUUCGAAUUCAAUGUUGCCUCGUGCUCAAAAAGUAUUUUAAACGAAAACCGAGCAAAUGGAAGUACAAGCAAUAGUAGUCAGAUCAAGAAUGGUAAACUUGGCCAUAAAAACAUGACACUUAAUGGAUUUGACAUGGAAAAUAUGGAAUCUGGUGCUGCUUUUGGAUUGCAACUAAAAAGCUUUUGCUCUGAAAUUAAAGGAUCAAUUUCACAGUGUCCAUUAUGCCCCUUCACUUCGGAUAACACAAAUAUUUUAGAGAUUCACAUUAACAGAUCGCAUUUCGACCCUUUAAGUCCCAGUGUAAAUGAUUCCUCUUUUGCAAGCAUUAAUUCUAAUAAUGCGAUAACUGGGCUACGAUGUCCUAUCUGCAAUGAUAUAUUUGAAACAGCAGCUUUAGAACUCCACGUUAAUAUAGAGCAUAGGGAUAUUCUUAGUCCAGAGAAGGCAAAUUCAAGUGAUAUAGCAAGUGGGGAGAUAGUAAACAUAUGUCCUGUAUGCAAUAAAGAAUUAGAUACAAUGAAAUCAAAAGAAAUGGAAAUGCACAUUGAAACUCACUUUCCAAGAAGCCCUCAAACGAAAACAGAAUCUGCUUUAGAUAUGGUGGAAAAAAAAAUUCGCGAGCAAAAGGAAUUCGAUAUGUUAAGGGCUCAAUAUGGAAUGGAUGAUCAAGGAAACUUUCGUGAACAAUCUGCUGAAGCUAUGCAACGAGCUGUGUAUGCUGGCGAGAUGAGUGUCGCCGACUAUUAUGAAAGGCAAGUUGGGCUACGUACUGCGGAAUCUCAUGGAAUCGAUGAUGGAACUUCUUGCACUAAAUCAGUUGCCUCACGUGUCCUUGCAUUAUCUUCAUCAUCUCCUGGAGUUAUAAAAUCUUUGCUUUGUUCAGCGGUCGAUCAUUAUGCAUCCAGUUAUGGUGAUAAAGGAUGGGGAUGCGGCUACAGAAAUUUGCAAAUGCUUCUUUCAUCCUUAUUGCAGAACACUAGUUACAAUGAAGUUUUGUAUUCAGCUUGGGGAAAACGUAAUCCAUCACGAACAGCCAUACCAAGUAUUUCAAGACUUCAAAAAAUGGUAGAGGCAGCGUGGGCGCAGGGCUUUGACGUUCAAGGAUCAGAACAAUUAGGGUGUAAAUUAUAUAACACUAGAAAAUGGAUAGGAGCUACUGAAAUCGUUACCGUAUUGUCAUGGUUGAGAAUAAACUGUCAAUUGAUAGAUUUUCAUCGACCUACCUCUCCUGAUGGGCGCCAUCCUGAAUUAUUCAAUUGGGUACUAGAAUAUUUUGAGCAACGCCGUGUGCAUACUCCUCCGUUGUAUCUCCAACAUCAAGAUUUUCCGUAAAUAAAUAAAGAAAAUUUAAGGAGUACGUUCUAAGAAAAAAUUGUUUUACAGCAAGACUUCAUCAGCAAAGUUGAUAUCACUUGACAAUGAUAUUUUUUUUAUUUCAACCAUCAACCUGUCCAGAAAAGUUUUCUUUUCACUCCUGCCCAUUACCUUCAUUGUUUUAAAAUCUAUUUAAUAUGCUUACCUGUUGUGUAUAUGUGAAUAUAAAUGAAAAUAAAAGAAUAUAUUAAAAUAUUCCAAUUGUUUUAUAUAUUUUUAAAAUUUUAUUUUAUUUUAAAAAAACUUGAAUUUUAUCAAAACAUUUAUUUACUUUAACAAUUAUUAGCGACGAGUUUCGGUUUUAAAAACCAUCAUAGAGCUUAAUUUUGUGACUUCAGGUGUUGAGUUGCCAAGAAUAUUUAUUUUCAGAUUGAAAAUAAAAAUUUGGUUGCAACAAUAUUUAUUUUCAGACAGAAUAUAAAUAUUGGGUUGCCAAAUCUGAAAAUAAAUAUUCUUGUCAACCCAACACCUGAAGUCACAAAAUUAAGCCCGAUGUUGGUUUUUCAAAUCGAAAUGCGUCGCUUAUAGAGCUGUAGCAAAUCGUAUGUAUUCGUUACUAAAAUGCGGGUAUUUGCUUCAGUAACGAGUAACGAAACGUUACUUUCUAAACAGUAUCGUUACUCGCAUGUUUCGUUACUGGGUACUGAAGUAACGAAACAUAUAAAAGAUACGAAACAUACGAGUAACGACCCCAUUCCAAUUUCAAUACUAAAUCAUCCGAUAUAUGAGAUACGAAACGAAGUGAUACACUCAAUUUGGCGCAUUUAGCAUCUCGUAUCGGUAUCAUUACCGUAGUCGGAAUGCUAACUCCAGACAAUUAUCUGGAGUUUACUUUUGUCUCGAUAAUAACGGUAGUGCCAAGGUAUAGUUGAGUUAUCGAUAAUAAUUUAUACAGAAAUAUCAAAAGAGACCUUUUAGUAUUUUCUCUGUGGCCGAAAUAUACCCAUGCCGAACCCAAUGCGUUUAUGACCUUUUUGUUAAUGGUCUUGGAAUGUAGCUUAAGAAUGUUUUGGUUUUUGAAAAAAUUUGUUAAUUUCCAGUGCAAAAUUUUCAACUAAAAAAAAAGCCGAGAAAAAGAGGUUUAAAAAUCACUGUCAAUAGAAAAAAAAAUUAAAAAUUGUUGGACAUGGAUGUAUUGAAGUGUUAAUAUUCCGAGAUCUAGGCGAUGUACUUUUGAAAUAAAGGUCUCUAAAGAAUUGUGAUAAGAUUACUGAACGGAUAUAAACAAAAAAUUACCAAAAUUUUGUCGAAAAAAUAGAAAAAAAUAAAAAAAAGAUUCCACGUUUGAUUAAAAAAAAAUCAGUAUACCUUCAAACUCUUAUAACAUGAGAACGCCGCAACUUAAAUGAAUGUUAAUGGCUUUAAAAAGUAGCUUAGAUUAUACAAAUUGUUUUUGGUUUUUUUUUCAAAAAAAAAUUUUUUCACUCUUAUACCAACGUACGAAACAUACUUAAAAUACUAAACAUACGAAACGUUUCAAAUACAUGAAAUAUACGAAAAGUACGAAGCAUGCGAAAGUAACGAAAGUAACGAAACAAAUGAAACAAACAUGCAAAACAUACGAAACACACGAAGCAUACGAAAUAUACGAAGCAUACGAAAGUAACGAAUAACGAUAUUAUUGAUGCGGGUACUAGUAUCAAAAGUAAAGUAUACAUGCGGGUACUCAUUUUGUCGUUACUUUUACAGCCCUAGUCGCUUAUAAUUAUUAAAAUAAAUAAACGUUCUGAUAAAAUUUAAGUUUUUCAAAAAUUAAAUAAAAUUAAAAAAAAAAUAUAUAAAAUAACUAAAAUUUUUAAUAUAUUUUUUUAUUUUGUAUUUAUAUUUACAUUUUCAUUCGCACAACAUGGAGACUGCAUCACAUCGAAAUAAAAUAAUUACCUGUUGUGAUUACGCUGCUUUCUGAAAAAUAAAGUCCCGCGAAGUUUUUGAUUCCCUGAAUUGAACCCUUCGUAAUGGCUUAACAUUUUUCAGUCUCCAUAUCUGAUCGUCAACUUGGAUUUCGUUUUAGUUUACAUAACAUAUCUUUUUAUUACUUUCUUCAUACAUUUUUUCUUUAUGUUAAAUAGAAAUCUUAGUUUAUAUUUAUCCCUCCGGUUCCAUUUUAAACUCUGAACUAUCAUGUAUCUCAAAUAAAGAAUUCAACUUUCAUUAAAUCAGAUUUAUAGAAUUAUUGUCAUAAAGGAAACAAAUUAUAACGUAGUGAACAAAGGUGAACAAAGGUGGAUGAACUGGCCGGACCAGAAUCGGUUCUUGAUGAGUUACUAGCAGAAAUAGUUUAUAUUCCCAUAGGAGUCAUGAAGGGCGAUAUCUUCUCAAAUUACUUAACAAAAGCUAACAAUAGGUGGUACAGCUUGACUAGCUGCGUCAUAUCUAGAAGAAUCUGGCCCACCUAUAAUAAAUCCAAAACAUAUGAUUUGAUCUCUAGACCCAGAAAAGAAAUUAGCAAGAUUGUUGCGGUAUGCACGGGACAUAGGAGAACAUGAACAACAAAUUUUGUCGCAGUUGAUUGGAUCAGCAGGAAAAAGAAACGGUCUUCCACUUCCUAUGCCAAUGUCUAUGCCAAUGUCCUGCCCUUGAUAGGAGUAGAGCGCUCUCUCUGGGCAGUGAAUUUUUCAACGAUAUACAGGGUGUCCCAAAAGUUAACGUCGAAACGAAAACGGUAGAUAGGGUAGGUGGUGACAGUUAUCAGAAAAAUAAUAAAAAAAAUCGCAGCCAUAUAUUUUGGGAGUUAUGGGCAUUUGAAAAAAAGUCGAAAAAAUGGUCACCCUGUGACGGUUUUUCAUGUGCCGUGACUACAAAUCUUAAAUUUUCUCAUUUUUUUCUUUUGUUACGGAACCUUGAAUAACCCUGCUAUCAAAUGCAUUCAAAAAUUUUAACUCAGCUGUAUCAGUUUUAAAGAAAGUAUUACUUUUUUACCCAACUUAGUACUAAAACAUUUUACAUGACUCUAAUUCAAUGAGCCGUAGUGUAAAAAAACUACACUACAAUGUUUCGGCAAGUUACCGUAAAAGUUGGUGUGUUCAAUUCUCUUUUCAAAAUGGUAUAACAUUGUUGGGAAUAUUCCAUAAAUAACCGAGAUAAAUUUUUUUUUCUUAAGAAAUCCGACUUUUUUAUGAGGUAACUUUUCCAUAUUAUUCAAGUUUUGUACCCUUUCAGAACCUUUCAGAAUACAAAAACUUAAAUAAUAUGGAAAAAUUACCUAAAAAAAAGUCGGAUUUCUUAAGAAAAAAAAUUUUAUCUCGGUUAUUUAUGAAAUAUUCCCAACAAUGUUAUACCAUUUUGAAAAGAGAAUUGAACACACCAACUUUAAAGGCAACUUGCCGAAACAUUGUAGUGCAUUUUUUUUACACUACGGCUCAUUGAAUUAGAGUCAUGUAAAAUUUUUUAGUACUAAGUUGGGUAAAAAAGUAAUAUUUUCUUUAAAACUGAUACAGCUGAGUUAAAAUUUUUGAAUGCAUUUGAUAGCAGGGUUAUUCAAGGUUCCGUAACAAAAGAAAAAAAUGAGAAAAAUUAAGAUUUGUAGUCACGGCACAUGAAAAACCGUCACAGGGUGGCCAUUUCUUCGACUUUUUUUCAAAUGCCCAUAACUCCCAAAAUAUAUGGCUGCGAUUUUUUUUAUUAUUUUUCUGAUAACUGUCACCACCUACCCUAUCUACCGUUUUCAUUUCGACGUUAACUUUUGGGACACCCUGUAGAUAAAAUCUCAGAAUCAAAGAUCAAAGAAGUUUCUUAAUAUUGUGAUAGUGAAUAAAAAUUCAUUUUCAUUUCAAACUGUCUUAGGUAAAAAAAAUAAACUUUGGUUAAAAUUCUAAAUCAGAAUAAUUUAAAUGGUGUAUUUUAUUCAUAGAUUUAUUGUAUAUUUUUCAAUUUCAAAAGAAUAAUUUUUCACCAAUCAGAUCAUUUUUUAUACCACUAGCACUAGUAGCUACAAUUGUGUUUUGUGUUUGAGGUAUAGCGCGUGUGAAUAGAAGGUAUAGAAUGGGAUCCAAAAAACACUACCUUGUGGUACCCCAGCCACUAUUUCCCUAAAGUCUGAGUAAUCAUUUCCGUGUUUAACGCGGAAUGGUAAAGAGUCCUUCAGGUAGGACUUGUCUUAAUUUGAAUUUGAGACAUCAAAAGCUUGAGACACAAAAAAGACCGCUGAACAAAUUUUCUUUUCAUCAAGAGCUUUCUCAAUGACAUCGGUUAUUCUAUGCACUUGAUCAAUCGUAGAGUGCUUGCUUCUAAAACCGAACUGGUGUUCAGGUAUAAGACCUCUUUCUUCUAUUAUUGGCUGAAGACUCAAAAGACCUUCGACACUACAGGAAGAAGUGAAAUGGGCCUAUUUGUUUUCGUGAGAUGGUUUUCCAGGUUUCAAUACCAUUAUUACUUCUGCGACUUUCCAUUGGUUUGGAAUAUAUUCCAACCUAAGAGUGGCAUUCAUUAUAUAUAGGAAGUUUAUUAAACCUGUCCAUGGGAGCAUUUUAAGAAUUUCCGCAUUCGGCUAGCGUAACAUUUCUUUCGAUGAAGCUUUCACUUGACGUUAUAUUCAUAUUUAUACUGUCAUUCAAUGCUUGCCCAUUGAAUGGUUUGAAUGUUUCCUCUAGGUAAUCAUCAAAAACGUUUGCUUUUUUUUUUGUCGCCUCUUGCCCAUUCAUUUUGGUCUUUCAUUAUCGGAGGUGCUGAAAGCUUUGGUUUUUUCGUGGCUUUUAUCGCUUUCCAUAGAGAGUAGUUAGAUUCUUUACCUGUCGUCAAAUUUUCUAGGUAAUUUUUAGCUUCGCGGUUCUUAAAAUCUGAUAUCAUCUUUUUAAGCAAAUUACUUAGAUGAUUUAGAUUAGCUUUGUGUUGAGGAGCACGAUUUUGUUGCCAUUUCUUGCGCGCUUUUCGCUUUUCUUUAAGUAUGUCUUUUAUCUCUUGGGGAUAUUUAGCGUCUUUGUACCCUGAAAUUUCUCUUUAGUAAGGGGUAUUGUUCCAUGCGGCUUUUUGAACAAUAUGCACAAAAUUCAAGAGGUGUUUGUAGUUAUACCCUUAAUUCAACAUUAUCCUCAAUAUCUUACUUCCCAGUUAGUUUAACCGUUUGUUAGCCUAGGUGGUAUUUCAACUUUAACAAGACUUUAAGGCUGAGUGGACCACGUAAAAAUCGGGUUAUCGUUUACAAAUCGGUGAAUAACUUUUACAUUUUUAAAGAUAAUUGAAUGAAAUAAAUUUUAUUAUUUAGAUAAUAAACAAGGCUAAAUGUCUUCAUCCCCACAAUUUCCAAAUUUGUGCACUUGUAAUUCAGAGAGAACAAAACAUGAUAAAAUUUUAGUUGUUUUAGAACGACCUGAAAUACAUUGGUUUGUUUCUUAGUUAGACUAAAAUUUUUAUUUUUUUUAUUUCUAUUUUGGAUUGAGGUUGAAUCAAACUUCGGAGUAAAACUAUUUUGAAAAUCUAAAAAUGUAUUUUUCAUAGAAAAAAAUUAAUCGAAACUGAAGCUAUUUCUCCUUAUGUUACAAUGUUUGAACAUGUGUAACUUCUGCAAUUAUUGUUAAAAUUCAUCGAAAUAAAAAGAAAUAAGUACCUCAACUCAAAUACUAACACAUUGAUUAGUUUAAGAAAUUUAUAUUAAGUUUUAAGGUCUUAAACAACAAAAAAAUGUUAAAAAGUCAUUUUUUCUUAACUUUUUUAAAACAAAGUGGUUUAAUUUCUUUGUUUUUCAAAGUAUGAUUUUGAUUUUUAUUUUAUUUAAAAGCUUAGUUUAUUGACUAUGGAGUAAAGCUAUAUUUUGUUGGAAAAUAUUAUUUUGUAACCCUCCAAUCGCUUUUAAAGGAGUCCCAAAAACAAUAAACUGUACUAAGAAACCAGAAUUUUAUGAUUUUUUGUAAUAUUUUUUUUAUUUUUUUUCAUUAUUUUUUCUAUCAAUAUCAAGUUAGAAAACAAGAAUUGCUUUAAUAGUUUUCUUACAAUUAAUUUUUGAAAAAGAGUCUACUUUCCAUUUUUUUUCUCAGAAAUUCAUGGAAUGCGUAUGUAUUGGAAUUUGUAGUUCAAACAAAUUCCGGUGGCGCUAGUUGUAUCUCUCUCUUUAUUAUCUUCUAUUUUGUUUCUACAUGAUCUCUCGCACUCGCUCUGUCGAGUGGUUGUUUGGUGGUAUAAAGAAUAAGAUGAACUUAGGUAUCUGCAUUCUACAUAUUGUUUGUACAUAGGUUUUUCCAUAAAAAAGGAUUGGCGCCAGGCAAGCUCAUCGCGCAUGCAAAGUGUUGUUGUAUUUUUUUCGCGAAAAUGAGAGGAUACAGGAAAUGUAUCUCUCGCACGUUCGCAAUGUAUGGUAUCUGGUGUUGCGUGGUAGGUAUAUGGAAUAGGAUAAACGAGUUUUUUUUGUAUUCUUGUUUUUUUUUAAACUGGUUUAUUUAUCUCUUUCAUAAAGGAGAUGGCACAUUUUUCUAUGGAGCUUGGGCCCAGUGUGUUCACUAACGAAAUUGGUAUCAAAUGAAAGGUGACGGUGAGCACAUUACGUUGGUAAAAUAUUUUCAAAUUCGUACGUGGGGUUUUGGAGAUAUUUGAGUUUGAAGUUUCGGAUUUCAGAAUCAAGAUUUCAGCAAUUUUUUCGAACAAUUAAUCGUAGAAUGCGUAAUUAUGGAUGCACAGAAAUAAUAUUGGUAUCAAAUGAAAGGUAUUUCUCUUGUCUAUAAAUCUGUAUCAAAAGUUUUUUUCUUUGUUUAAAAAAAUAAUACAUAUUAGGUAUUUACUUCUCAAAAGGUGAUUUUUUUUAAGCGAGGCAUUUGGCGCAUCGAAAUAUCGAAAUAUUCAGUGGUGACAUGUACUUUUUUUGCAAUUUUUGGAUAGCUUAAUGUGUUACCUUUAAUUCAAUAUAUAAAAAAGUUCUAUAAAUCAUACAAAAACCUUAUAAUAAGCAAAAUACACAAAAACGCGCUGAAAUAUGCAUAUUACUUAAAAGAAUAGAAACUAUAGUUCAGUCAAUGGGGGAAAAAUCCGAAAAAAGUUGUCACGUGAGCUAAGUUUGAAUGCAGUAUUGAAGAGGGGUUUAUCCCAAGUAAAAAUCUCAGAUUGCGUAUUGUUUGGUCUUGUGGGGCGACCGCCAUUUUGAAAAACGCAUUUGUCUCAAUAUCUCGAGAACGACUGGUCGGACAAAAAACUAGACAGGACUUUUUAGAUUGGAAAUUAAUUAAUCUUUUUUUUUCUAGUACAUCAUUUUUCUCUAAGAGUUAUACUUUCCGAGUAAAGUAUCUCAUUCUCAGUAAUCCCGCACUUAACUUUAAGGGUUGUUUAAAAUAUUCAAAAUAUCAAAAAACACACAAUUUGCGGUACUGUUACUCUGAAAUUAUAACUCGUAGAGAAAAAUGAUGUACUAGAAAAAGAAAGAUUAAUUAAUUUCCAAUCUAAAAAGUCCUGUCUAGUUUUUUGUCCGACCAGUCGUUCUCGAGAUAUUGAGACAAAUGCGUUUUUCAAAAUGGCGGUCGCCCCACAAGACCAAACAAUACGCAAUCUGAGAUUUUUACUUGGGAUAAACCCCUCUUCAAUACUGCAUUCAAACUUAGCUGACGUGACAACUUUUUUAGGAUUUUUCCCCCAUUGACUGAACUAUAGUUUCUAUUCUUUUAAUUAAUAUGCAUAUUUCAGCGCGUUUUUAGGUAUUUUGCUUAUUAUAAGGUUUUUGUAUGAUUUAUAGAACUUUUUUAUAUAUUGAAUUAAAGGUAACAUAUUAAGCUAUCCAAAAAUUGCAAAAAAAGUACAUUUCACCACUGAAUAUUUCGAUAUUUCGAUGCGCCAAAUGCCUCGCUUAAAAAAAAUCACCUUUUGAGAAGUAAAUACCUAAUAUGUAUUAUUUUUUUUAACAAAGAAAAAAACUUUUGAUACAGAUUUAUAGACAAGAGAAAUACCUUUCAUUUGAUACCAAUAUUAUUUCUGUGCAUCCAUAAUUACGCAUUCUACGAUUAAUUGUUCGAAAAAAUUGCUGAAAUCUUGAUUCUGAAAUCCGAAACUUCAAACUCAAAUAUCUCCAAAACCCCACGUACGAAUUUGAAAAUAUUUUACCCACGUAAUGUGCUCACCGUCACCUUUCAUUUGAUACCAAUUUCAUUAGUGAACACACUGGGCCCAAAAAUGUGCCAUCUCCUUUAUGAUGUUGCAUGUUAGGUAUUCUUCUGAGCAACUGUAUGGAUAUAUUUUUUUCUAUGAAAAAAAAAAAAAAAAAAUUGGAAAGACAGGCAGUCUGUAAUGUUAUUCGCAUUAUAAUACAAAAAUCUAAAUUUCGAUCAGAUUCCUGCGCCUACGAAUAUUUGCAAAAAUUAUAUAGAAUACCAAGUGACGUAGGUACAUAGAUGCGCAGAAAGAUAGAAAAAUUCAACACUGAAUAUCAUACCAUUUUUUUUCUUCAUAAAUAUACCUACCAUGACUCUUGCAAAUAGAGUAAAACCAACGGAAAACGAAAACACAAGUGAAUUCGGUUGCGCAAAGCAAAACCGCAAUAUACACUUGCAAGGCUUGCAACCCUUUUUUUUGCUAUUUCCUUGAUGCUGAUUUGUUUUUUCUACCUAAAUAGACUUUAAUUUUAUGACUUUGGUUCUCUAGAAAGGGAAAGAGUAUGCAAAUAAAGAUACAGAGAGAGAGAACUGAGUUGAGAUGACGUUGAACGUGAGAGAUGUAUGGCGAAGAAAGGUCACUAAUACACACAAACUCAUUUACAUGAAGUCUGAGUUCGUCAUUCGGGGACACCCACUCUUAACGGGAGAGUGGUCAAAGAAAAGAUCAAAGCAUUCCGUUAUUUUAAUUCGAUUUGACGGUAUUCCCUUGACUUCAAAGAAAUCAAUCAGGUCAGGUAUUUUCGAGGUAUCUGCCGGCCAAUAAGUUGGUUUUCCAGUAGAAUGGAAGUCGCAACUAUUCUCCAUACCGGCUUCGUAUAACGCUCAUAAUAGAAUACCAAAAUAUAAUACAAAAAAAUGUUUGUCCAGCUAACUUUGAUAAAUAACAAAAUACGCGACCAUUAGUUUCAUUCGAAAAAAUCGACUGGCUUUAUUUAUAUUUUUGCUUAUUUUAAUCUUAUGUUUAUGACCCUGCAGAACGCCGCAUGCAGUUUUAAUUUUUGUUUCUUUGUUAACAUUUCAUUGUAUGGAAUUUAACCUUUCAUUCUACAUCAAAAUAUUUCGAAAUUUUAAUAAAGUUCCACUAGACAUGUAAAAUUGCACACUGUGCGGCGCAUUCUGCGCUAAUUGGGUCAUCCAGCUAGGUUGAUUAUGACCGCCAUCUCUACCUACCUAGUGAACAAUAUAUGAAUUGAAUCGUUUAUUUCAGAAACAGCAUAAGUCCAUGAGCACUAACUUUUCAGGAGCAACAAAAAACUGUUUUUUAUGUUAAAACUCCCCAACACUUCAAAUUUAGAGUAUGCCGAGUUAUAAUCUAGCUAACGACGCAUUUAAAAACCUUAAAAAUAUUAACUUUUUUUCAAGUCUUAGCGGGCUUUAAAGUCGCUGGACUUAUGUCGUUUCUGCUCAAAACGAAUUUGUUUUGGUAAAACUUUUGUAUUUAUUUAACUAUAGCUUUCGAACCCAGCUUUCGAUUUUAAUAAAUAAAAUAGCAGUAGAUAGAGUAAAUCUUUACCUUUUUAUAAAUGUAUAACUUAAAGGCUUGCGUGUCAUGAUGUUUGCCAAAAUAAUUUAAAACUGGUAAAAUGUCAUAUAAUUCAAGAGUUAAAAAUGCUGCCACGGCGAGAAAUCUGGCUUUAACUUUUGAAUCCUGAGUUCAAUUUUAAUGAAUUUAAUAGAUAUAGAUAGAGUAAUUCCUUACCUUUUAAUAGAUGUAUAACAAAAGGGGGUGCGUGUCAAGAUUCCUGCCAAAAUAAUUUAAAACUGGUAAAAAGUCAUGUAUUUAACAGUCAUGCCUAUUACCGAAGACGCAGAUGCACUGCGGCGGGAGUGAGAGUCACUUUCACAAGAUUUCUCAUUACUGAAGCCGCCGGUGCGGAAGUGAUAGAAUGACAUUUGGCUAUGUAAGUGUCAUCAAUGACAUAUGUCGGUAAGCAGUUUAGUGUGUUUUCGUGGAUCGACAAUACAGUUCAUCCCGGGGAGUUCACAGAUUGAAAUUUGAUUCGGUUGCGGAUCGAGUAGAUUCCCGGGGACUGAGUCACUGCGUCUUCUGUAAUAGGCAUGAGUAAAAAAUGUUGUCACUGGGCGAAAUCUUAACUUUAUUUAUUUAUUUAAGCUUAGUACAAGCUAUGACUUAACACUACUUAAAAACUAAUUUAAACUACCUUAGACUAAUUUAACAUUUUUUUUUUUUUUUUUGGUUCUUGUUUUGUGUAUUAAGACCGAGCCCUAAGGCCCACCUUAAUGUUGUUUUAUGGGAAACAACAAAAAAGAAAAAAAAAAACAAAAA